UCUUGUUUCUUAGUUUUGUGAAUUAAUAGUGAAUUAGUAAACUGAACAGCGCCAUCACGUGUUCAAUCUGUUGAAUUGCAAUGAACACAAGGUGUGUUUGUGGGUACCACAGUCUCCAUGGGAACCAUUCUAAACAAAUGCUGUUCUUCAUGUGGAGCAGGCUGAACGAGAUGACACUGAACGGCGAUAUCCCUGCAAAAGCAGAACUACAUUUCCUAGGCAAGGCACCUACAAUUACGGAAGCCUACACAGUACUCCUGAUUGUAAAACAGAAUUGCAUGUUCUGGGUGCAAAACUUAAUGUUCAUCAUCCAGAAAAAAAAACAGUUUUCAGCUUCCAGAAUACAGGACGUCCGCUUCAUCUUCAGGAUGUAAAACAUAAGAAAGCAGCGUACAGAAAAAAAACCCAUGUCGAGAAUCACAGUCCUGUCCCAUGACCCCUGAACCGCUCACAUGACGAGUUUUUUGUCCUAAUCAACAUGGCCGCGUCCAUCUCCGGAGAGAAAUUUCACCAGGUGGAGAAACUAAUGGACCCCAAGCCGGGUACCGACCCCCCUCACCCCGGUGACCCCUUGUCCAAAUCGGACCUGCGCAGCGUGCUGGUAACCAGUGUCCUAAACCUGGAAGAACUUGAUACCGACCUGUACAGGGGAACUCACCACUGGGUGCCCAGGACUCAGCGCUUGUUCGGUGGGCAGAUUAUAGGACAGGCUCUCGUUGCAGCAGCCAAGUCAGUGAGUGAGGACGUCUCCGCACAUUCCUUACACUGCUACUUCGUACGAGCAGGAGACCCGAGGGUGCCUUUUCUGUACCAGGUAGAUCGGACCCGCGAUGGGAGAAGCUUCAGUGUGCGUUCAGUGAAGGCUAUUCAGCACGGACGGCCCAUCCUCAUCUGCCAGGCCUCUUUCCACCAAUCACAGCCCAGCCCUGUGCAGCACCAGUUCACCAUGCCGAGCGUACCUCCUCCAGAAGAGCUGCACAGCGUCGAGGAGCUCAUCCAGCAAUACCUCAGUGAUCCAAACCUGGCAGAGAAAUACAAACUGGGACUGAAUAACCUGCUAGCCCAGGAGGUGCCAAUCGAAAUCAAACCAGUGAACCCACCUGAUAUUUACCACAGGGUGGCAAUGGAGCCUAAGCAGCUGUUUUGGGUUCGAGCCCGGGGACAUAUUGGUGACAGCGAUAUGAAGCUGCACUGCUGCGUUGCUGCCUACGUGUCGGACUACUUCUUCCUGGGCACAACACUGCUGCCCUACCCCCAGCAUAAGACACACUUCACCGCCUCUCUCGACCAUGCAAUGUGGUUCCACAGCUCCUUCCGAACUGACGAAUGGAUGCUGUACGAAUGUGAGAGUCCCUGGGCAGGAGGCAGCAGGGGAUUGGUCCAGGGGCGGCUGUGGAGGCGUGAUGGAGUGCUGGCGGCCUCGUGUGCACAGGAGGGGGUAUUGCGAGUCAGGCCGGUGCCAAGUCAGAGCAAGCUAUAGGGACUUGUAAGAGAGCAGUCUGCAUGAUGCACAUGGGCCUCGAUCCUCUUCUGUCAGCAUGGUGAAAAUGCUGGAAUUGAUUCCAAAUUGACACAAAAAAGAACACUGAUAAAAUUCAUCUUUGACAAUGUUUUUUUUUUUUUUUUUUACAGUUCUGUAAGUCUGGCUAUGAAAAUCAAGUCAAAGGGGUGGUUUCAGUAAUCUUGGGACUACUCUAUAACAUUAAGUAGUCCAAGAUUACAGCUCUCAGCAUCUUUGAAGCCAAUUAUAGGUUGUAAACAACUUGAAGCUGUUUGAAGUUUUGUUCAAUUAUAUAGUUAUACUAGUUCUAAAGACAACCAAAACACUUAACAGAUCGAUUCAUAAUUUCACAUUUUACAUGAUCAGAACCAAACUCAUAUCCAACAAGCAAAAGCACAUUCCGUCACUUAAUUCAUGAGUGUUUAGAAAAGAGCAGUGGACAUGCAGAAUGUACCCCACUGGUCUUAGAAAUAGGACAUGUUACAGUGGAAGAAGUCAGGUUAGAAGAGCAGAUUGGUUUUCAAUCACUUCACCUGUGAAUUGCACGAAGAGCUGCUCUGCAGUUUAUUGUUUAAAUGAUGUAAACUAAAUGAACAACAAAUCUCCUCAAGUAAUAUAGCAUGAAAGUAAACCGCUAAGAUGUGAAGUCCCCCUUUUAAGGAUAAGGGGCGUAGCGAGUUGUUAUGUUAAACAGUUCUUUAUUAUUAUUAAGGAAUACACCUAUAAAAAUGUAUUGUGACCCUUUUCAAAACACAUGUAAAUGAAUAUAGCAGUAAACUCCCAU